AUUUUUCAAAAAUGGACAUAGACAGACAUAUUGCUACACUCCUAAACGGAGGGUGUUUACCAGAGCGAGACCUCAAACUGAUCUGCGAUAGAGCAAAGGAAAUCUUUCUUGAAGAAUCCAACGUAUAACCGGUACGUGCACCUGUGAAUGUGUGUGGAGAUAUUCAUGGUUAAUUCUACGAUUUGCAAGCUCUCAUGAAAGAAGGUGGAGAUAUCUCCUCUGCCAACUACAUCUUCAUCGGCGACUUCGUUGAUCGAGGAUAUAAUUCUGUUGAAACCAUGGAGUACCUCUUGUGUUUGAAAGUCAAGUACCCUGGCAAGAUUAUGUUGCUUCGUGGCAAUCAUGAAUCCCGUCAAUGCACUCAGGUCUACGGUUUCUAUGAAGAGUUGCUUCGUAAAUACGGUAAUUGCAGUCCAUGGAGAUUAUUUAUGGAUGUAUUCGAUUGUCUUCCACUGGCAGCUUUGAUCGAGGGUUAAAUCCUAUGUGUUCACGGUGGUUUAUCGCCAGACAUGAGAACAAUUGACCAAAUAAGAACCAUUGACAGAAAGAUUGAAAUCCCCCAUGAAGGACCCUUUUGUGAUUUGAUGUGGUCUGAUCCAGAAGAAGUAGAAUACUGGGCUGUGAAUUCCAGAGGAGCUGGCUAUCUAUUCGGAGCUAAGGUGACUAAGGAAUUUUGCAGACUCAAUGAUCUCACACUUAUUUGCAGAGCACAUCAAUUGGUCAUGGAAGGCUACAAAUAUUGGUUCCCAGAUUAAAAUUUAGUGACUGUCUGGUCUGCUCCCAAUUAUUGCUAUAGAUGUGGUAACGUUGCUUCUAUUUUGUGUUUGGAUGAAAAUUUGAAUUAAACUUGGAAGACAUUCAAAGAAGUUCCUGAAAGUGCCAAAAGCGUCAACCCAAAAAGUGUAUUACCCUACUUCUUAUGAAGUAUAUAAUAUAUUUUGAUACUUCUUAUGAAGUAUAUAAUCAUAAAAUUAGUAUUAAUCUAUUAUGUGAUUUUACAA